AAUGUCACAUUCACACCGACCUUCCUAGUUAAUUAUGGCGUUGUACAUUAAGCAGCACAGCUUGUACCAUAUCCAUUCUAAUUAGCUAAUUAAACAGUAGUGCAAUCUUAAACUCAGAUCUUGAAGCUCAACACUGUCGCUGAGUGUAAAAAUGAGAUCUUGAAGUUGGGAGAGAAAAUGGGGCUGUUGAAUCUUCCGUCUUCCAAGAACCGGCACGCGCGCCAAUGGCGGGUGCUGGAUGCUAUUAUGGGGUGCUUCUUCGCGGCGGUUCUGCUCUUCUUCCUCCUCGUCUUCACUCCACUGGGCGACUCGCUGGCGGCAUCGGGGCGGCAGACGCUGCUCCGCUCGGAUCCGCGGCACCGGGGGCGUCUGGUGGCGCUGGUGGAGCAGGGGCGUCAGGCGGUGGCCAUCGACGCUUGCCCCGCCGAUAUGGUGGAUCACAUGCCCUGUGAGGAUCCCAGAAUUAACAGCCAGCUCAGCAGGGAUAUGAAUUUCUACAGGGAGAGGCAUUGCCCUCGCCCCGACGACACGCCUCUCUGUUUGAUCCCGCCGCCGGACGGCUACAAGGUUCCCGUGCCCUGGCCCGACAGUUUGCAUAAGAUAUGGCAUGAUAACAUGCCUUAUAAUAAAAUAGCAGAUAGGAAAGGCCACCAGGGAUGGAUGAAGAGAGAAGGUCCGUAUUUCAUAUUUCCUGGUGGUGGUACAAUGUUCCCAGAUGGAGCUGAACAAUAUAUCGAAAAGCUUAAACAGUAUAUUCCUAUAGCUGGGGGAGCUUUGAGGACAGCUCUCGAUAUGGGAUGCGGGGUUGCUAGUUUCGGUGGAUACAUGCUCUCUGAAGGCAUAUUAACUCUUUCCUUUGCCCCAAGAGAUUCACAUAAAGCUCAGAUACAGUUCGCUCUGGAGAGAGGAGUACCGACCUUUGUUGCCAUGCUUGGCACACGUAGACUUCCGUUUUCUGGGUUUUCUUUCGAUUUGGUCCACUGUUCUCGAUGUCUGAUACCUUUCGCUGCAUAUAAUGCUACAUAUUUUCUUGAAGUUGAUCGGUUACUUCGGCCAGGAGGCUACCUAGUCAUAUCUGGACCUCCUGUACAGUGGCCUAAACAAGAUAAGGAAUGGGCUGAGCUCCAGGCCGUUGCCAGAUCUUUGUGUUACGAGCUGAUUGUCGUAGAUGGGAACACUGCCAUCUGGAAGAAGCCGAUUGGGGAUUCAUGCCAUCCCAACCUUAAUGAAUUUGGGCUCAACUUGUGCGAUGAGUCUGAUGAUCCUAGUUUUUCGUGGUACACCAAGUUGAAGAAAUGUAUUAGCAGGACAUCCUCUGUUAAGGGAGAAUACGCACUCGGAGCAAUUCCAAAGUGGCCUGAGAGAUUGACAAUAGCUCCUUCGAGGGUUAGUAUUAUUAAAAAUGGAAUCGAUGUGUUUGAAGCUGACAAGCGAAGAUGGGCAAGGAGGGUUGCUUACUACAAGAAUUCUUUAAACAUAAAACUGGGAACUCCAUCCAUCCGAAAUGUCAUGGAUAUGAAUGCAUUCUUCGGAGGUUUUGCAGCGGCCAUAAUAUCUGAUCCUGUUUGGGUAAUGAAUGUCGUUCCCGCUCGCAAGCCGUCAACCCUUGAUGUCAUUUAUGACCGAGGACUAAUAGGAGUUUUCCAUGAUUGGUGUGAGCCUUUCUCAACAUAUCCUCGUACUUACGAUUUGAUACAUGUUGCUGAUAUCGAGUCUCUUGUUAAAGAUCCCAGUUCGGGAAAAAACAGGUGUAACCUUGUCGAUCUGAUGGUGGAAAUUGAUAGAAUGCUGCGUCCUGAAGGCACGGUUAUCAUUAGAGAUUCACCUGAAGUGAUUGACAAAAUUGAAUGGAUUUCUCGUGCCAUAAGAUGGAGGGCCUCCAUACACGACAAAGAACCCGACUCACUUCAGAGGGAGAAAGUCCUGGUAGCAACGAAGAAAUUGUGGAAGUUACCUUCUGGAUCCCAGUGAAGCUAAAACCGUGCUAGUCCCAUUGUAAGGUAGGUACUCUUGUGCAGCUUUGGUUCCAAAAAUACAUUACAAUGACUAUUCUUGGCAAGGACUUUUUUGAUGCUCUCACAUAUUUCACUUGCACCUAUAGAACGAUGCAAAAUGUAAAAUACGAAUGUCUAUGAUGGCCCUUUUACAUUAGGAAGUCUGUUAAUAGUUGGAAUUUCAAAUUUAUGUCUCAUUACAUUGCGACUGCAGAUUGCCUAGAUGGCUUUAAAUGUAUGAUGAUAGAUUGAUAGUCAAUUCAAGAUAUUUGUUGUUCAA